CUAAUUUCGUUUUCCUCGCAGCCAUGACGUUUCACACACAGAUAUUUUCACGUUGAUGCCAAUGUAAUAAUUAUGUGAUUAACACCGAAGUUUGUAUUUUUAUUUUCGUCUUGGCGUAUGUUUAUUUAAAAACAAGAAAGAUGGCUCCUAAAAUGAAAUUUGUUGAGGGAGAGCGUGUUCUCUGUUUCCAUGGACCAUUAUUAUAUGAAGCCAAAUGUGUCAAAUAUGACGUUAAAGAGAAAAUUAUCCGAUAUUUCAUUCAUUACAAUGGAUGGAAUAAGAACUGGGAUGAAUGGGUGCCUGAGUGUAGAGUUUUGAAGUUUAACGAUGCUGGUUUACAGAAGCAAAAAGAACUACAGAAAGCUCACGCAGGCUCUCGGAAAACUAAAGCUGUCAAGAAAGUAGAGAAAGAUAAAUCAUCACUGCCAGGAGAGAAGUCAUCAAAGCCUAAAGCACCCCAAUCAUCAGCCACUGACAGCAACAAUAGUGCGUCUUCAAGUGCAGCCUCAACACAGACAACAAGUGCAGACUUAAAGCGAAAGAAGGCAAAACUAGACUCCAAUGUGGAAUCAGAGAAAGAAGAAUCAACAUCCCGAAGAGCUGCUUGGAAAGCAUCUGAUAAAGUACGAAAGUCUGCAUCUGAAGACAACAAAGUGAACAGCAGUGACUGGAACCUGCAGAAGCGUGGUCGGGGUAAAGGUAGAAAAGAGGUGGACUCCCCUAAUGAAUCGGACCAUUCAGAAAUAAGCAACAGUACAAAUGUGGAAAAAGACAGCAAACCAUGUCAAAUCCACACACAGAUCCGAGAAAUCAGUAUUACAGAAAAGGAGGAUCAUUUCCCAUCAAAGAUGGAAAUAAAAGUAAAGCUACCCGAAGAUUUGAAACCCUGGCUUGUUGAUGACUGGGACUUAAUAACCAGGCAGAAGCAGCUUGUUUCAUUACCUGCUCGAACCACAAUUGACUCAAUCUUAGAGCAAUAUCUGGCCUACAAGCUAAAAACAGGGACCAUGCCCAAGGAGACUUUGUUGCAAGUGACCCAUGGAAUCCGGGAAUAUUUUAACGUUAUGUUAGGGACACAGUUACUAUACAAAUUUGAGAGACCACAAUAUGCUGAGAUUCUAGCUGACUAUCCUGACACCCCCAUGUCAGCCAUUUAUGGAGUGAUUCAUUUGCUGCGACUAUUUGUGAAAAUCGGAGGAAUGUUGACCUACACAUCUCUGGACGAGAAGAGUAUCCAGUUAUUAAUGCUGCACAUUCAUGACUUCCUACAAUUUCUCCAAAAGAACACCUCAUCAUUAUUCAGUCUCUCUGAUUACAUCGUGGCAUCACCUGAAUAUCACAGGAAAGCUAUAUAAACCAGGAAUUCCACUGUUCUCUACCACACAGACUCUGUGUGUGCAUGUGUGUGAGAGAGAGAAAGAAAGUGUCUUUACAAAUGAGCAAGCAAGGAAUAAGGAAUGUAGGUGUGUGUGUGUGUGUGAAGGAAAGAGACAGACAGAUAUUGCCAAGAGAGCAAAACAGUUACCAAAAAGUGUUUUUUUUUUUGUUGUUGUUGUAAAGGUGUUCCAUAAAAAAAGUCAGAUUCUGCAAGCAUUUGUAAAUAAUCAUUUUCAUCUUCCAGAGUUCUUUCCAUCACUCUUCUGACCAUUCUUUGAUAUUGUAACUAAUUAAAGACCUGUUUACUAACAAA